CAGUAGGCUCAGUUUCUAAAUAACAACACUACGGCUGUUUUGCUUCAGUGGGUCGCUCCUCAUCGGACCGCGAUGUUAUCAGCCUGUUUUAUGGCUUGAUAGACACUCCGAUGUUUGUACAGUUUCUGCCCCACUCCUGACUCCCACUGUGAAAGCUCGUCCUGACCAUGGAGUAUCUGCUGCAGGUGAAAAUCGGAGCUUUGAUCGGCUUGUUGCUCCUGACGCUUCUGUUUGGAUUCAUCCCCGCUAAAGUCAGAUGGUUCAGAGACACAAACGGAACAGAAGCUCACCGGACCGUUCUGAGCCUAAUCAGCUGCUUUGCCGGCGGCGUUUUCCUGGCAGCAUGUUUGCUCGACAUCGUCCCGGAUUACCUGUCAGACAUCAGCGCAGAGAUGGAUGCUCAGAAGUUGGAGACCAGCUUCCCCCUGCCAGAGUUCAUCAUGGCCGCGGGUUUCUUCACGGUCCUCAUCCUGGAGAAAAUGGUCCUGAGCUUCCGUCAGUUGAGAGGAGCUCACCACGGCGAGAGGGCGCCGCUGCUGUCAGAGAACAGCCACAGCGGGGCCGUGACGGCGCCCGACCUGGAGAACAGCGGCCACCACGUCCACGUCGACUUCCAGGCUCACUCCCCCUUUCGCUCCUUCAUGCUUUUCCUCUCCCUCUCGCUCCAUUCGGUUUUUGAGGGGCUUGCUAUUGGCCUGCAGAGCACCGACUCUAAGGUGAUGGAGAUCUGCAUCGCCAUUCUGGUCCACAAGAGCAUCAUAGUGUUCAGCCUGUCCGUGAAGCUGGUGCAGAGCGCCGUUCAGCCGAUUUGGAUCGCCGCGUACAUCGGCGUGUUCGCCCUGAUGUCACCCCUGGGCAUCGGCAUCGGCAUCAGCGUGAUGGAGGCGCAGCUGGCGGCCGGCGCUCUGAUCCAGGCCAUCCUGGAGGGGCUCGCCGCAGGGACCUUCAUCUACAUCACCUUCAUGGAAAUCUUGCCGCACGAGCUCAACUCGGCCGGGAACCAGGUGCUCAAGGUGUUCUUCAUCCUGCUGGGCUUCACCAUCAUGGCCGCCCUGACGUUCCUAGGCUGAGCCGAGCGUCUGUGGGGGGGUGAUGCGAGCUUCUGCGCUUCGUGCCUCCGACUCCCGCUUUCCACAAGCCCGUUGGUCACUUUAUCUCAGAGACUCUCUGCAUUUUUAAACAAAUAUUGCCGCAAUAUUGUUACACUGAACUCUGGACAUUUUUAAGAUGUAACAACUUUCACAACAUGCUCGUAAUGCGAUAAAUGUACUGUUGAAUGUUUAUGGUGAAGGAGAUCAAAUGAUGCUUAUAUGUCGUUUUAAGAUGAUUUUACCUACAGAGAAACCACUUGCAUGCCUGCGAUAAAGAGAACACAAGUCGGUUUAUUGCUUUUUUUCUUCUAUUUUUUUUUAAGGCUUCAGACCUGCAUCAAAUUGACUCUUUUGCAGUGUUAAAAGCAGCUGGAAACAAAGGACAGCGUUUGAAGUCAGGGAUGUCAUGAAUCCAGCGUCUCAGUGAUUCUCCAUACAGUAUGUGAAAUGUUUACGUUUUCUCUCCAAGUCAAAGAGGAAGUUUGACGGCUCCCAGUUUGAACUGCACUGUUUGUUGUUAUGUUGUUGGGUUUUCUUAAGUUGCACUCCUUGUUUCUCCUUGGGUCACUGUCCGCCUUAAAAAUGUCCUCUAAAUGCAAGCCUUUUAUGACUUUUACCAAACCUGAGUAUCGUUUUUGCACCGACUGUUUUUCUUAAUAAUUCCGUGAUUCUAAAAUUCACACAGAAAAACCUGCUUAAAAAGUGAGAGUUUCCAUUUUUUGCAAGACUAGACGAGCUUUAAAUAUUUGUAGAUCACGAUGUGAAGCCUUAAUGUUGAGCAAUACUUGUUUACUGACCGAGAAGUAAAAGUCUCUAGCGACAAUCUGUCACCAUAUUCCCUAUUUUAGUUAGUCAUGUUUCUGAUUGUUUCCUCAUUGUGGUGAAUGUGCACACGACAGAAAUCUGUCUGCAGAAAUGUUGAUGCCACCUAAACCUGCAGACUGUUAUUUUUAUUUUUAUUUUUCUUUACUUAUUAUAUUUCAAAUAAAUGGCGUCCACAGUUUUCACUCCUGCUUUUUGUUUACCAACCAUCAGUUUGACUCAUCUUUUGCUUUGUAGUGUGAAAACCUGUUAAAAACAAAGACUGUGUAUGACUGCCUGUUUAAUUGAGAUUGUGCCUUAUCGUUGUUCAUCUUUUAAAGGAUUUAUAACCCUGAUCAAAGUAAAGAGAUUAUGACACUAAAA